AUGGCGUCGCGUGGUCCCGCCCCCCGUACAGGACCGAAUGCCCGAGCAAGAGGAGAGAAUGCCGAACUGCGAGCGGAUCUCAACUCGCAGUACCGUGAUCCUCGCAAGGAGGCGAUCAAGCGCGUGAUUGCGAGCAUGACCGGUCAGUUACCGUUUGCGGGGGAGGGGGGGCCGAGCCGGGAUCAUGGGUGACCGGCUGACGAUGAUUCUUCUCCUCGUGUUGGGUACAGUCGGGAAAGACGUAUCGGGUACGUGGCAGCUCAUGGUGCCGUAGCGCAGUGCGCAGUGGGGCAUGGCUCGUGGACACCGACGCCGACCCACGCUCGCGACUGCACGCGUGUCACUUGCCUCGGCCGGCCAGCUGCUUCUGCUUCCCCGACCUCACACCGCGCAGACGAACCACCGCACUGACCACGGCUUGUCCCUGCCUACAGCCCUCUUUCCCGAUGUGCUCAAGAACAUGCAAACCGAAGAGUGUGUCUGGCCAUCCUAGUAUGACGACGGCAACAGCGACCGCCAGCGCUGACCCUCUGCGACAUUCCUACUGCACAGUCUCGAACAAAAAAAGCUCGUCUACCUCUACCUCAUGAACUAUGCCAAAACGCAACCGGAACUCGUCAUUCUUGCCGUCAACACGUUCGUAAAGGUGCGCCAGUCGUCGUGCUUCGACCUCGGUCGCCCCCCACCCACCCCUGCUCACCUACUCGGCUUGCUUUGUACAGGACACCGAUGACCCGAACCCGUUGAUUCGGGCUCUUGCCAUCCGUACGAUGGGCUGCCUCCGCGCCGACAAAAUCCUCGAUUACGUCUGCGACCCCUUGCGCAAGUGCCUGCGCGACGAAAACCCUUACGUUCGCAAGACGGCAGCGAUCGGCGUCGUCAAGCUGUACGAUCUCAAGCCGAGUUUGUGCAUCGACAACGGUUUCAUCACCCAACUGCAGGAGAUGGUCACGGACUCGAACCCGAUGGUGAGUGGUUCUAAGCUUUGGGGUUACGCAUACGUGGAAGAGAGGCUGAUGCCGUCAUCCCUACCCCGCCCAGGUCGUUGCGAACGCCGUGCUGGCCCUGACCGAGAUCCAAGAGUCGGCCGAAGACGACUCGAUCUUUGUGCUCGACUCGACGACCUUGUCCCGUUUGCUGAUUGCGCUCGGAGAAUGCACCGAGUGGGGCCGGAUAGCGAUCCUCAACGCGGUCGCAAAGUACAAGGCCGAGGACGAGAAGGAGGCCGAGCACAUUUGUGAACGCGUGAUUCCCCAGUUCCAACACGCGAACGGGAGCGUCGUAUUGGCCGCUAUCAAGGUGCGUUGGGCCAGACAGUUUGAAUGUCCAGCUCCAGAGCUGACUUCGUCGGCUUCGUUUGCAUUAGGUCAUCAUGAUCCACAUCCGAUCCGUCUCACGGGAAGAGUUUGUCAAAUCGAUCCUGCGCAAAAUGGCGCCGCCGCUCGUGACGCUCGUAUCCUCCGCACCCGAGGUGCAAUGGGUCGCACUGCGCAACAUCAACCUCAUCCUCCAGCGCCGCCCCGACGCGCUCUCGAAUGAAAUGCGCGUCUUCUUCUGCAAGUACAACGAUCCCCCAUACGUCAAGGUCGAGAAACUGGCGAUCAUGAUCAAACUCGCGACCGAGAAGAACGUCGAUACGUUCUUGUCCGAACUCAAGGAGUACGCCUCCGAGGUCGACGUCGAUUUCGUGCGCAAGAGUGUACGAGCGAUCGGGCAAUGCGCGAUCAAGAUCGAAGGCGCGGCGGAGCGUUGCGUCAAUGUCCUACUUGAGCUCAUCUCGACGAGGGUCAGCUACGUCGUUCAGGAAUCCAUCAUUGUCAUCAAAGUGAGUCACUUUUUUUGAUCCGUUUGCGGGAAAGUAUCGGCCACUGAAUCGCAUUCGGCUUGCUUUUUAGGACAUCUUCCGCAAAUAUCCCCAACGCUACGAAGGCAUCAUCCCUACACUAUGCGCGUCCUUGGACGAGCUGGACGAGCCCGAAGCCAAAGCCUCGCUUAUCUGGAUCCUCGGCGAGUACGCCUCCAACAUCGACAACGCCGCCGAAUUGAUCGGGUCGUUCCUGACGAACUACGGCGAAGAACCGAUUCAAGUGCAAUUGCAAGCUUUGACGGCCGUGGUCAAACUCUUCCUCCAACGUCCUGACGAAGCUCAGGCUUUAGUGCAACGAGUCUUGGCAUUGGCGACCAAGACCGCGGAUAACCCUGAUUUGAGGGAUCGGGCUUACAUUCAAUGGAGGUUGUUGAGUUCGGAUACGGAGGCAGCCAAGAGGGUCAUUUUGGCUAGUCGACCACCGAUCUCUUUGCCGGCGACAAGUGUGCGUGCCGGGUUGUUGGAGGAUCUGAUUGGGGAGCUUGGCAGUCUGUCGUGAGUAACAUAGCGAGCGUCCGUGUUUUUUUGGGGGUUUCAUAUCGAUGCUGAUCGCGUCCUCGUGUUCACGUAGUGCGGUGUACCACAAGCCGGUGCAAGCCUUCAUCGCCGGUGGCAAGCUCGGUGCCGAUCAGAUUUCUCAGCAACGCGUCAACGAGCAAGUCACGCGGGAGGCAGCGCUCGCCACUCUUGUUGCUGGCCAAAAGGCAGAGAACGUGAGUAGUUACAGGUUUCAAAUUGCUCCUUUUUGAGUUGCAAAAGCUGAUCUCUUGAGUUCUGUUAUUGUUUCACAGUUGCUGGACUUUGAUGACGAGGAACCGGUCGGCGAAUCGCAGACCGUGAGCGACAUGUUUGCGGCACCUUCGACAACGAACGCUAGUGCGAACCCACUCGAUGGUAAGUCGCAAGACGAUUAGAGUUGAUUCUACUUCGACUCGUCCUAAUCUCAUUUCUACCAUCACCCUUCAGAUCUCUUGGGCCUGUUCGGAGGGCCCGCAACUGCACCUGCCUUGACUUCUUCAACAAGCACGGGCGCAGCGAUGCCAACCAUGUCAUUCGAAUCGCCCUUCGGCGGUAUGGACGAUUUCACCUCCCCCAAAUCCAACGGAGCAGCCAUUUCACCCCCUUCUUCAAUGAACGGUCUCUCCCUAUCAUCGAAUCAAAUUCAAACUUCAACGCAUCCGCCACCACCACCGGUCGAGAGUGGAGGGUUCGAUGAUCUAUUGUUCUGA